AUGGCAGAAGAGCUCGAUAUUCUCAUCCUCGGUGCGGGCAUCUCGGGCGUCAACGCCGCCUACCGCGUGCGCAACGAGCUGCCGGGAUGCACCUUUGCGGUGCUGGAGGCGCGUGACAUCGUCGGUGGGACAUGGUCGUACUGGAAGUAUCCCGGGUUCCGCUCCGACUCGAACAUGACCAACUUUGGCUUCGCGUGGCACCCGUGGCCCCACGACAAGAAGAUCAUCGAGGGCGCGCCCAUCGCCGCCUACAUCGAAGACGCCGUCAAGACGCAUCACAUCGACGACCACGUCCGGCUGCGACACAAGGUCCUGUCGUCGAACUGGGACAGCGACGAAGCACGAUGGACCCUUGACUGCGCCACGCCUCGGGGGAACAAGCAGUUCAAGGCCAAGUACCUCUUUGUGUGCUCAGGCUACUACUCGUACGACAAGGCGUUGGACACACAGAUUCCUGGCAUCGAGAACUUUGAGGGCAAAACGAUUCACCCUCAGUGGUGGCCCGAAGACCUCGACUACGCCGGAAAGCGUGUCGUCAUCAUCGGCUCGGGCGCCACCACCAUGACGCUGUUCCCCAACAUCGCCAAGACCGCCAGCUUCACCACGAUCCUCCAGCGUAGCCCGUCCUACGUGUUCGCUCUAGCUGCAGAGUCGUCAGUGGACAAGGCAGCCAAGAAGAUCCUCCCGUUGUUCUUGGCCAACUGGUUCAUCCUGCUGAAGGAUCUCGCCCUGGAGACCGUCUUCAUCCAGAUUGUUCUCAACUUCCCCGCCUUGGCCAAGAAGUUCUUCAGGGCCGACGCCCAGCGUCAACUCCCCAAGGACUACCCUGUCGACAUUCACUUCAACCCCAAGUACAACCCCUUUGAGCAGCGUCUCAACAUGUGCCCGGACGGCGACGUCUUCAAGACUCUCCAUCAGCCAAACACGGAAAUCGUCACGGACCACAUCGAGACCGUCACCAAAGACGGCAUCCUCACGAAGUCCGGGCGUCACCUCCCGGCCGACAUCAUAAUCACCGCGACGGGUCUGCACGUGCAACUCUUCGGUGGCGCCGACGUGACCGUUGACGGUGUCCCGGUCAAGGUUGGCGACAAGUACAGUUGGCGCGGGUGCAUGCUUGACGGCGUGCCCAAUGCGGCGGCCAUCAUCGGCUACGUCACCCAGACCUGGACCCCCGGCGCCGACACGGUGACGCGGCUCUUCAUCCGUGUCAUCAAGGAGAUGAGGAAGACGGGUGCCGUAUCUGCCACGCCCGUCUUGUCGGAGGAGGAAAAGAAGAGCUCGCCGAGGUUACCGUGCGUCGACGCCACGUCCAACUACUUCAAGCGGGCGCAUGGCCGGAUGCCGGUAGUGACUAACCAGGGGCCAUGGUACGGGAGGAAGAAUCUCAUCGUGGACAAGCUGGCACUUUGGUUCGGAAGCGUGAGAGUGGACAUGGACUACCGCAUGGCAACCAAGUCAAAGGAGGUUUGA